AUGUCAAACACACAUAUUGAUGUAAAACCGCCAUUGCCGGACGAAGAGGCGCCACGGAGAGAAGAGCCUAAACCUCCCCUACUGAUCGACAGGAAGAUGCUGUCAUUUGUGAACCACCCCAUACAAAAGCUGACCAUCAUCAAUGACUCCAAUGACCCCUACAACGUCGAAUUCCGCGUCGAAGGCCCUUAUUUCGUUUCACUGGGCGGAACUACAAUCAGAUCGCGUGCAGAAGUGAUCCUCAAAGUGGAGCAAACUGAAGCCAGUAAUGGGAAAUUGUUCAUCAAAUACUCCAAGGAUAGUCUAGAAGACCCAAAGAAGUUAUUUCAUAAGGCGAUCAGACUGUAAGUCAACUCAGAAAUGUCUUUUCUAUGCAAUGGGAUCGCUGACAAUCUCGGGAAUCGUUUUUUAGAAGUUAGAAAACAAAGGUGAAGCAUUUGGAAUAACUAUCUUACAUUUGAUUUGAUAUCAAAGCAGAUUAUAAGGCAAAAACAAAUUAGUGAGAAGCAGUGUCUGAAAUUCAAGUCGUUUUCAAGCAGAGAAUUGGACUUUUGAACCGAAAAGAUAUCAAAAAUGAGACUGAUGAGGCUUCUGGAAUUCUAGAAAAGGGAAGUCAAAUAGUAAAGAAAAAUGACUUCCGAUCUAAGGUCUCCAUGAACAUGCAAACAUAUCGCAGAUCUGAUUGUAAUGAACUCUACACGACUUUGUCCAAGGUGGACUAUUACAAAACAGAACCUAGACGCCUUAAUUUCAGGUACGCCAACAUCGCACAGGACUUCUCAUGCGAGAAACCAGUCAUUCAAGACAAUACAAUCUUUUACAACGACCGUUCCUUCUCAGACACCAUGGUUAAAUGUGGAGAUACUGUGUUCCAUGUCUCGAGGGUGAUCUUGAGUCGCCAUUCUCGGAUUCUCCAAGGGAAAUUCAAGAACGACUUCAUCGAAUCAAAGAUUGGUUUGCUCAAAAUCAACGGUUUUGAUGUUCGCGCAGUUGAACUGAUGCUCCGAUUUCUCUACGGGGAGAAUAUUCAAAUCGGAAAUCAGGGAGCCGAAUUGAUGAAGCUCGCGAAUCAUUAUCAGAUCGCUCCCCUCACGGCAAGCAGUAAAAUUCUUGUCAAAACAUGAUUUUAGGAAUUCGUCUCAAUCCAAAUCAUGCACGGCUUAUCCGCGGACAACUUCUACGAGGUCCUCAAAUUGGCCCAUUCAAUUCAACAUGAUGAACUCUACAGAGCCGCUCUAGAAUGCGGCAAUGAGAGGUUCAUUUCUUUUAGAGUAAGAAGGGCAGAAGCCAAAACUUACAGCUAAACAAAAUAUUAUAUUCAAAAAAAUUUCACAGGACAGAUGA